ACCCCUGGGCGCCACCCGGACGCUGGCUCCGCGGGCCAGGCGGACGGCGGCGGGCGGUGUCUUCGGCCCGGGCCGGGUCCGGCUCCGGCUCCAUCUUGGGCCGCUGCGCCGGGCACCUGUGGCGGCUGCAGGAGCAGCGCUUCCGCCGGCCUGCGCGGCCCCGGGCGGGCGAGAGGGCCGCCAUGAGCACCAGCCGCCCUGAGCUGGGUGCGCAGCCUCCCCGGAGCCCCCGCCCGCAGCCCCUGUCCCGGAGCUCUUCCAGCCUGCUAGGUGAAGGCCGGGGGCAGAGACCAGAGCUCCACAAGAGUGCCAGCAGCACCGUAUGGCAGGCCCAGCCCGGCGAGGCCAGCAGCGGACCGCGGGGCCCGGAGGAAGAGGAACAGCACCCUGAGAGCGUGGAGCAGGCACAGGCCUCCAGCCCCCGGCCCCGGCCCCGCGCUGUGGGCCACUGGCGGAGCAGCACUGUGGGCAACGUGUCUACCGCGGGCGGUGGUGAUCUGUGUCGCCUGAGGGCCCCCGGUGCCGCUGCCAUGCAGAGGAGCCACUCGGACCUGGUCCGUAGCACCCAGACCCGGAGCCACAGUGCUACCCAAAAGGCCAGCCUCAGUUGCUCGGCCCUUGGCAGCUCGCCUGUCCACAGGGCUCGGCUGCAGCCCCGCCGUACUUCCGGCCAGGGCGGCCAAGCCCCUGCAGGCCUAGAAAGGGACCUGACUCCAGAGGAAGGGGCUUCGAACUCAGCCUGGACACUGGGAGAGAGCCAGGUGAAGGUAACGUUGGGUGGGAUAGCUCCCCACAGCAGCAGUCCCCAGGCCAGGCCCAAAGCCACUGGGCAGCCGGCCACCACCUCCUGCCACGCCCUGUCCCCAGCAGCCGUGCUCUGCGGUAUGAGGGAGGUGGGGACCAGUGGCUGCUGCCAUGCCCUGCCAGCCCCAGGGAUCCUGGCCUUUCCCAAACUAGUGGCAUCAGUGAGUGAGUCUGGGCUGCAGGCCCAGCAUGGGGUGAAGUUCCAGUGCAGGUUGCCUGGGGGGCUCCCUGGGCAUUCCCACUGUUGUGCCCACCACCCUUGGGGUCCCACCGGGUUAGCCACGGAGCCUGGUGCCAGGACCAAGGAUGUGUGGACCAUGACCUCAGCCAGUGACUUGGCCCCUGUGUUGGCAUCCUCUCUGUCAGCGCAGGAUGCUGGGGUGCAGGCAGCGCCCAUGGCGGUCUGCAAGGCUGUGGCCACCAGCCCGCCCCUGGAAGCCCCCGUGGCCCUGCACACCUUCCCGGAGGUAACCCUGGGGGCCGGCCUGGAGGAGGCACCCUCCCCCGUGCGGGAUGUGCGAUGGGAUGCUGAGGGCAUGACCUGGGAGGUGUACGGAGCUGCAGUGGACCCUGAGGUGCUUGGCGUGGCCAUCCAGAAGCAUCUGGAGAUGCAGUUUGAGCAGCUGCAGCGGGCGCCCACCAGCGAGGACAGCCUGUCAGCGGAGGGCCGGAGGGGGCCGCUGCGAGCCGUCAUGCAGUCCCUGCGGCACCCCAGCUGCUGCGGCUGCUCCAGCGCAGCCCCCGAGUGAGGGGCCAUGGCCCUCGGAGCUCCCCUGGGCCCGUGGACUCAGCCCCAGGCCAGGGACAUGGGGGGCCCCGUGCUCCUUGGACCUACUGGCAGCCAUGGAUGUGUCUGCCGUUGGCUGACUGCAGGGCACAGGACUGCGGCCUGGGGGUCUCCUGCUCCUCACAGCUGGGCUGGUGUUUAAGGGCUUGAUUCCCAAGAGCCACAUCUCUGCACAUCGAGGCUCUGGACUUUGGGACAGACUUUCAACACCGUGCAGAAGGGAGAUCCCGAUUUUUCUGUAAAAAUAUUCAGCGUUCUGUGUAGUCUCCCCUCAGAACUCUGCCAUGAUUUCUGCCGAGGACUCUUGGGGGCUUUAUUUUAAAGCCGUGCUGAGCUAUAACGCAUUCCUGACGUGAAAGUUGGGGCCCCAAGUGACAGGGAUGGGCUGGGUCUUUAGGGAGGGCACUGACAUUGCAGCCCUCCUAUGUGCCACACACUGCUUGUCACUCUACCUUCUGGAGCGCCCACCUCUUUGCCCCAUUUUCUGGAUGAAACCACAGACAUUUGGCAAGGCUGUAGCUGACAGGCCCGCGCUGGCCUGCCGGAGGGGGUGGGCUAAGAUUCAAAGCCAAGGCCAGCUGAGGGCUGCGCUGCUUCCCUGCAGCACGUGGCUGGUCAGUGCAGUGCGGUCAUGAACCAGAAGAAUUUAUUGAGUCACUAUUCAGUGCUGGGUUCUGUGGAUUCCCUGGGGGAUGAGACAGGCUGUCUGCACCCUUGCUGAGCUGACAGCGUGUGGGACGUGGGGGUAUACGUCAGGACCAGGGCACUGAGCAUUACAGAAGGACCAGGUGGGGGUGCUGCUAAGAGCCACCCCUUUGUUGGUCCCUGUGUCAGGGGCUGGUCUCGGGAAGGGCAGAACAGGUGGCUCCUUGGCCGCAAAUAUAUUGGCAGUGCCUGAAAUUGUGUCACUGUCACCUCAUUCCUUUGGCUUAAAGAUUUAUUGCCAGCUGGUGAGGUCCUUGGAAGGAGGCAAGGGAGAAAUGGAAGGGAAAAGGGAAGGAGCCUGGCGUGGUGUCUUCCAUCUGGUGGGAAAUGGCCAGAGCUGUGAGGCUGUGGGGAACAGGGAGGUCUGUGGGCCUGUUCUCCCAGCCCUGCCCUGGUGUGCUAACAUGGGCCAGGCAGUGGGGGGCCAGGGAUCAUGGGGUGAGGGAGCCCAGGACACAGGCUUCACACAGCCUGACUUCAUUGCCCAAGGAUCUCUCAAGCCCUGUGGGGUUUGGGAGCAGGCUCGUGUCCUCAUCCUGGGACUUAGCACUGAAGACCCUAAGCUCCUGGGACAAUCUGCCAACCUACCCUUAAGAGGGAGCCAGGUUAGGGUGCCGCUCAGGGUCCCCCGGCUUGGGAGGGUAGAGUCAGGGCCCACAUGCAGUCCUGCCCAUGACCUGGCCCUGGCCACCUCCUGCACUGAGGAAUCAGGGACCUGCCAACUGGCUUACCUUUCCCCACCUUAAGGCCCCUAUACUCAUGGUGGUGGAAAUGACUUCUGGAGCAGCGGGUUGACUUUUUAAGUGGGUGGCACUCUAACGGGCCUAAAGAACAAGGUGAGAAAGGCAUGCACGUGGUCGGAGUGCCUCCCAAGGCCCCAGGAUGGGGCUUUCUUACCCCCAAACAUGCCUUUCCCACUCCUUGCUUAAAAAUGACAGCAUAUCAGUACUGCUUCUGAGGGUGGGGCUGGGGCAAAGGGGGGUGAUGUGGGCAGGAGGGGACUUCACCUUGCCCCCCUGUUAAAAUGCGAUCAAGCAGGUUGUCAUGCAUUCAUCGGCUCCGGGCACCGUGCAGCCUGGGGGCCAGGGCCUAUCUGUGCCUCUUUGUGUUCUAUGGGGGAGACACAACACACUCGGGAGGGUGACAUGUGGGUACCAGGCUGCCCUCAUGCCUGGUGCUGCACAGGGGCCCCGGGGCCCCACCUGUGGGGAUAUGAGACAGGUGAUGAAAUGGGGUGGGGAGGACACCAUCACAUGGGCCACAGCUGAGCAGGGUCUUGAGGACACGGUGGGGCUUGACAGGUGGAGAGUGGGGAAGGGCACAUCAGGCUGAUGGGACAGCUUGGUCAGAGCCAUGGAGGUGCCUGUCCUGCCCAUGCCAUGGUGAGUCACUGCAAUGCAGGCUGUGCCGGGGUAUUUGUUGGGUUGGAACACUGGCAAGGGGAUCCUCAUGGUGAGGCCCCUGGUGUGAUGGAGGGAAGGGACUUCAGGGCUGCUGUGGAAAGGGUGGUGGGGCCAGAUUUCAUUUUAGAAGCAUCCCUUUGGCUGUCAUUGGGGAGAUUAGUAUGGAAGAGAUGGGAGGCAGGGGCCCAGGGGGAUGUGGGUGUGCAAGCCAAGGAGGGGCCUGUCAGGGGGAAAUGGAAGGGGAGCUGGGGCUUGGGUGCACAUGCACACACACGCAUACACACACACGCACACGCACAUGCACACGCACAUACGUCCUGCAGUGGAUUUGGAAAGAAGGAGGAGUUUCAGGAGGCUGAGGUUUCCAGUUUGAGCAAAAGGAGGUGAGGCCACCACCUGGGACAAGGGGAGGCAGGUGAAGGGUCACAUGCCAGGAUUUUUGGCUAGGACAAGUGAAACUCUUAAGAGACUUUCUCUGUCAUAUGCAAAUUGCCAUGAGUUCAUUCUCUGUUCCGCUGAUGGGUGUCUAGCGGCUGAGCGGCUUCCAGGCUUCACCUGGCCUGCCAGGAUGGAGGGCUGGGCGGGGCCCUGAAUAGGAAGGGCUAGCCAAACCUUCCACUCAGUUCAUCAUGCCCGAGAUAAAUGUUUGCAGGGUGGUACUGGAAUCCAGGUGUGUCUGGCCUUGGGGCUGUGCAUGGUUGGGGCCCCCAUCACACCCUCCUGGUUAGGCUUGCUGCCCCGGCCGUGGCGCAAGGGCCAGACUGCAUAGCCUCGGCCGGUGGGCUUGACUAGAGUGACUGCAGUGGCAUCCCUGAGUUUGACCUGGAGAAGAAACCCCUCACCUCCAUCCCCUUGCUGCGGCCCCUCUCCGGCCAGGCCUGACCAGUUGUGGUUCAGGGACUCAAGACAUGGACACCUUAGUUUACAGAUCUCCCCUCAGAUUCCAGAUUUCUGACCAGACUCUCUGGAUCCCCUUCAGGCCCUGCUCUGGGAGGUGGUGGAUUUCAUUAUCUAUACAUUUGUUUUGAAUUUGAAAUAAAGUAUUGGAGUUCUGAGCUUUGCCAGGGAAGGGUCCGUGGUCCUGGCUGGUCUUGUUUUUUUUCUGGUAGGUUUUGUCCUUUGGAGUAUCCUAGAUUCUGAGCUCCCUGACCAGGCAGGAAUCCCCCUCCUUCUUCUCCAGGGACUCCUCCCUUCUGUCCUUUGUUCUCUCCUUCCUGGCAGCCUUCUGGGCGCUCAACAGCUGAAGCCCGGCUUCCUGGAGCUUAUCACCUCUGGGCGUGGCCAGGACACAGGGCACGCAUGUCUUGCCAAGCCCCAAGCUGCUGUUACCCUCACAGGGAAUCCCUAGUCCACCCUAAGGGAGAAGCCACUGCAGCCAGA